AUGAUGGAAGAGAGUGGAAUAGAGACAACUCCACCUGGCACACCCCCACCAAGCACAGCAGGGACUGCUGCCACUGCUGCUACACCUGUCUCAUUAGCUUUGUCCAGUCCCCUUGCUACACCAAGCCUGUCAACUUCUCCCACAUACUCACCUGCCUUGCCAACCGGAGUGUCUCCUGUUAUGACUUCAGCAUCACUCCCAGUCAUGCCUUCUUCAACAGUUUCCGCUCUUGCACCCCCCCUGACUCCUGCCCCACCUCCUGGUACCCCUUCAACUUUUGGGACCUCCAUGCCCCAGUUCUCAACAUCUCCUCCAAUAAGAUGUACUGGUCUUCCUGCACCUCCCACUGGUCCCCCCACUUCAGGGUUUUCUAUGUCUUUAACUCAUGACAUUACCAGAGGCCAUGCUGGUCGAGCACCACAAAGCCCACUGAUGCCAUCAUAUUCUGCACCUCCAGUCACAGGUGUUUUGGCAGAUCCUAUUACUCAACAAGCAGCUAUCUCAUCACCUUUGGCUCCUGGAACUGGUUCUGCAAUCACUUUUCCUGAAGAGCAUGAAGACCCAAGAGUAUCUACUGCUCAAGGUGGAGCACCUGGUGGAGGACUGUGGGGAUUUAUAAAGGGUGUGGCUGAGAAUCCUGUGGUAAAAUCUGUUCUUGAUAAAACCAAACAUUCAGUGGAGACCAUGAUCACAACACUGGAUCCUGGCAUGGUUCCAUACAUCAAAACUGGGGGAGAACUGGACAUAGUGGUUACUUCUAAUAAGGAGGUAAAAGUCACAGCAAUUCGAGACGCCUUUCAAGAAGUCUUUGGAAUGGCUGUUGUUACUGGAGAGGCUGCACAGUCCAAUAUUGCACCCCAACCUGUAGGCUAUGCUGCAGGGUUAAAAGGAGCCCAAGAAAGAAUAGACAGCUUACGUCGGGCAGGAGUAAUACAUGAAAAGCAGCCUGCUGUAUCAGUAGAGAGCUUCAUUGAGGAGCUGCUUCCUGACAAAUGGUUUGACAUUGGAUGUCUGAUAAUCGAAGAUCCAGUUCAUGGAAUUCAUCUGGAAGCUUUUACCCAAGCAACACCAGUGCCUUUGCAAUACAUUCAGCAGGCUAAGAGUCUUACUCCUCAGGACUACAAUCUGAGAUGGUCAGGCCUGUUGGUGACUGUGGGUGAAGUGCUUGAGAAGAAUAUGCUGAACGUCAACAGGACUGAUUGGCACAUGAUAUUCACUGGCAUGUCCCGUCGACAGAUGAUCUACAGUGCAGCUAAGGCUCUAGCAGGAAUGUACAAACAACUCUUACCACCCAGGACCGUUUGAAGGAAGGCUGAUCCACGACACUAAGGAAUACUGGUUGUGAAUCUGGAAUGGAAGUGAAAAAGCUACAUAUUCCGAGUGAAAACAAUACAAAUUUGUAGUCUAACUGUAAACUGUAUUUUCAUUUUUAAGUAGUGAAGUUAAUUUCCAGUAGUGGAAAUGAGCA